CCGGAACGGUUAAGGAAGCGGUGUUUGUUGCCAGCCGGUCAGAUUUUGGUGUGAAGCGGCGGUGUGAUGGCGGCGCUGAGGACGGCAUUCUGUGGGCGUUUCCUGCAGCCUCUCCCCGUGUAUUCGGGAUCUCUGCGCUUCGCCAGUUCGUCUUUCAAGGCUGCAGAUCUGACCAUUGAGAAGAGGCAGACGCCGAACCCCAAGCCCGACCCGUCCAACUUGGGCUUUGGGAAGUUUUUCUCUGAUCACAUGUUGACUGUGAAGUGGUCGGAGAAAGGAGGAUGGGAAGCUCCUCAGAUUAAACCCUUCCAAAACCUGUCGCUCCACCCGGCGUCCUCCGCCCUGCACUACUCCAUCGAGCUGUUUGAGGGGAUGAAGGCGUUCCGCGGAGUGGAUAAUCAGAUCCGUCUGUUCCGGCCCAUGCUGAACAUGGAGCGCAUGUAUCGCAGUGCAGACCGCUGCUGCCUGCCUCUGUUUGAUAAGAGCGAGCUGCUGGAGUGCAUUAAGAAGCUGAUCGAGCUGGACCACGAGUGGGUUCCGUACUCCACCAGCGCCAGCCUUUACAUCAGACCCACCUUCAUCGGCACUGAGCCGUCUUUGGGCGUGUCUCAACCAAGCCACGCCCUCCUGUUUGUCAUCGUGGGGCCGGUGGGGCCGUAUUUCGCCACGGGAGCCUUCAGUCCCGUGUCCCUGCUGGCGGAUCCUCGCUUCGUGCGAGCCUGCAGGGGCGGAGUGGGAGCGUACAAGAUGGGCAGUAACUAUGGGCCCACUAUAGCCAUCCAGGUCGAGGCGGUGAAGCAGGGCUGCCAGCAGGUGCUGUGGCUGUACGGCGACAGAGAGGAGAUCACUGAGGUCGGCACCAUGAACCUCUUCAUCUACUGGACCAAUGAGAAAGGAGAGCGAGAGCUGGUCACCCCUCCACUAGACGGCAUCAUUCUCCCCGGAGUCACCAGACAGUCUCUCCUGGACCUGGCCAGGGAGUGGGGUGAGUUUAAGGUGACGGAGCGGACGCUGGUCAUGAAGGAGCUGCUGGACGCUCUGAACGGAGGACGGGUGUUGGAGGUGUUUGGGGCGGGGACGGCGUGUGUGGUGUGUCCCGUCGGCAGCCUGCUCUAUAAAGGACAGCACUUUGAAAUCCCGACCAUGAAGAACGGUCCUGAGCUCGCCACCAGGUUCCACAAGGAGCUCACCGAUAUCCAGUACGGACGCACGAGGAGGGACUGGGCGCCGGUCAUCGUCGCCUGAUUGGACCGCUUUCCUCCAGUCACCUGCCGGCUGCUCACAUUCACACUGUAGCCUUGAUUUCUCUUAUGUUACGUGUAGAGACUGAAAAGGCUUUACUGUUCUAAAGUAACCAUUUUAGUGAGCGGUCCAUUGGAAACCUGUCACUGAUCAACUGGUAAUGAACGCAGCAAAAAAACCACCACCACCACACCUCUAACACACGUGCAUGUUUGUCUGAUAGAAAUGUCGUUUCAUUUUUAUAAUAAAUUUAUCCAGCCUCGAGAGUGCGUAGUGCAACGUGUAGCAAUAGAGCAGCUGUGAGGUUAAAAAUACGAAGCACACUAUAUGCAAAUGACGUUGGUAGAAAUAUCGUAAGUGCAAUAAGGUUCAAAUCGUCUGCUUGUGGAAUUGUUGAUGAUUACUUGUUUUUUUUUUUGUUUGUUUUUUGUUUUUUUCUUUUAAACGGGUGAGCUAACUUUAGCCGCUAACACAACCGUUUCUGUGUGUUCUUCCAACGGAUGUGAACAUUUAGACUAGUUACAAGUCUCACUCAUCGAUCUGUUAUGUUUACCAUCGCCUUUAUUAUUAUUAUUAUUAGUAGUAGUAUUAUUAUUAACAUAUAGUUUAAAAUCAGGUUUUGAUGUUUUGUAUACGUGUAAUUGCAGAGAAAAUAAAUGUUCAGAAAUUUAACAAAGUAGUGGCAUCAUACAGUGCUCUCCAGAAAUAUUGGCACCCUUCAUGAAGCAGAGUGUUUGUGUGUGUAUGUAUAUAUAUAUAUAUAUAUAUAUAUAUAUAUAUAUAUAUAUAUAUAUAUAAACACUAACAAAUGUAGUAAGUGAUAUUUUGAGCUUAAUAAAACCAGGACAUUGUAUUUGGGUGGGGGAAAAUGUUUAAAUAAAACACUAUACGCUCCAACCCCCCUCAAAAUUAUUGGCACCCUGCCUUGGAGAGAAUUCGUUAAAAUAUCCCUUAGGAGUGUCAAUAAUCACAAAUUUUUUUUUUCUUCUUUUUUUUUUUUUUCCGAGAAAUUUUGUUUGGGUGUGUGUACAGCGACCAAGUGCGUGCACACACACACACACACACACACACACACACACACACACACUCCUAAUUGCAUUAUUAUAUUAUUAUUAUUUUUAAUUGUUGAUGAGUAGUUCUUAAUAGAAUGAGUAAUUGUUCCUGUUGAGGGGAAAUUUUAAUUGUUUUGUGUAAUUUUUUUUUUUUUUUUUUUAAAACAGUCAUUUUUAUGCUUUUUUUUUUUUUUUUUUUUUUUUUUUUUUUUGGUGUAAAUGAAGGCUGCCAAUAAUUAUUCUGGAGUGUACUUUAUAAAUAUUGUAGCCAGGACAACAAAUAUUCAUGUUCCAUAAACAUAUCGGUGAAAUGAUGACCUGAACAAAUAGGCGGAGUCGAGCGUUUUUAAUUUUAAUCGUUUUUAUGAGUGUGUGUGAGAGCUGGAGGACAGGACACCAGAUUAUCACUCCUGAUUUAACGUUGUUUAUGCCAUGUAUUCCAAGACACACAGUAUGGAUUAUAUACAAAUAUGUGCUGAAAAUAUUUAUAUUAAACUGGUGAUAUUGUGGCUCUGUGAUAUCAGUAAUGCAAAGGAAAAUAUUGUAAUAACGAUUCACAAGCGAUAUACUGUACAGCUGUAAAGAUCAUUUGGGGAUGAUGAAUCACAAAAAACGACGAUGAUGAUGAUGAUGAUUUAGCUAAAGAAGUCCUUCAUACUUGUAGUGCGUCGCUGUACUAGCUUACUGUACAUGUUACAACUUGAUUUCAGUUUUUUUUUGUCUGUUUUCCUUUUAUGAGUUCAGGAAAUAAACUGAACUGAACCUCCUGAACCUUUCUUUCUCCCAAGUGCCUGAUGGACGUUAGACCAUUUUUGUUCACAUUUCAUGUGGUUCUGCAUUAAGACCUUUAUUUUGACGUGCUGUACGUGUACUGUGAGCCAUUCGGGAUGGUCGGCUGUUAUACUUCAUCUUGCUGUUACUGUUUUUACAAUAAAACUAUAUAAAAGUA